AUGAGAAUUAUAGCACUUGAAGCUUUGAUUUCUGCUACAAUGGCUACACCUUCAAGCAAUAAAUACGACGACGUCUCGUGUAACAACCCCACAGCUUCUCCUAAACGACCAAUCAGCGAUUCUCCACCGCCGUCCGAAGAAGAAGAAGAACGCCUUGCUCUCUGUCUCAUCACCUUGGCUAGCGGCUCCAACGAAGGUGGUGGUGGCCGUGUUGUUCUGUCGUCAUCGGUGGUGGAAUCCGUUUCGCCUUCUUCGAAGUUGCCUCACAAGUGCAGUGUCUGCAGCAAGGGUUUCCCUUCUUACCAAGCUCUGGGUGGCCAUAAAGCCAGCCACCGUAAACCCGCCUCCACCGACGGUGACAACCCAUCUACCGCCUCUGUCAGAUAUAGCGGGAGGGUUCAUGAGUGUGGUGUCUGCCGCAAGACUUUCCCUACAGGCCAAGCCUUGGGCGGGCACAAACGCUGCCAUUACGAAGGCGGUGGCAACAUCAACAACAAUAACGGUAACAAGAGCGGCAGCGUUAGUGGGGUGACGCUGUCGGACAGUGGCGGUGCCUUGAACAAACGCCACCGUGUCAGCUUUGACUUUGACCUUAACCUGCCUGCUUCCCCGGACUCCCAUGAGGAAAACAACGAUGAAAGGUUUAGUCAAUCACACAGAGAUUAA